AUGAUAAAGAAAUUGAAAAAUAUGUUAGAAACCAUUUCAACAGACGACAAAUUGUUUAGAAAAGCGGAAGAAUACAACAGCAAUCAUAAUUCAUCAGCAGACAGUGAUACAGACACUGAAUUAGAAAAUGAAUCAAAUGAUGAAAAUUAUGUUGGAAAUACAGAUUAUUCAAAAGAUGCAUCAACAACGUUGGAUUCCUGGUCUCCGCUCAUCGACAAAGACAUAAUAGAAAUGAUUGAUAACAAUGCUUUCGAUCUAAAAGUGUGCAACAAAAAAACCUACAAAAUCGAUUCCAUUUUGAACUAUUUGAGAAACAAAUUCAAGGUGUUAUACGUACCAGAUAAGGAAAUAUCUGUAGAUGAGUCUCUUUUGCUAUGGAAAGGAAGACUGUCUUGGAAACAGUACAUUCCAUCGAAAAGAAGUCGAUUUGGUGUUAAAUUGUAUAAGAUAUGUGAAAGUAAAUCCGGAUACAUAAGUGAUUUCAUUAUAUAUACAGGUAAAGACACGCAGUAUGGUUCGAACUAUCCAGAAGAACAGGGACCAAAUCGUAUUGUUCUUGAAUUGUGCCACGAUUUGUUGGAUAAGGGAUAUACGCUAUAUCUCGAUAAUUGGUAUACUAGUACUGAUCUAGCUGAGAAGAUGUGCAGAAGAAAAACCGAUGUUGUAGGAACAAUGCGAAAAAAUAGAAAGGGAAUACCAUCUGAUAUCAAAAAUUGUGUUUUGAAAAAAGAUGAACAUAUUGCUAGGUACAGAGACAAAAUAAUGAUUAUGAAGUGGAAAGACAAAAAGGAUGUAAUUAUAUUGAGUACUAUUAUAUUGAGGACAAUAAAUUUGUAG